CCUAGAGGCACGUAUGUUAGAGAGGCACAUAUGUUAGAAACCGCCUCAUUCACCAGUAAAAUAUCCAUGCACUUAGAAAUCUAGAACCUCAGGGAGAAAGCUUCUAUCACUCUGUUUUGUAUAUGCCAGGGAUUUUUUAAAAAAGACUUUUGGUUAUGUGAGCCCCCACUGGCAACGUGUAGUGGGUAUGCAUAUGCACGACCGAAUGGAUUUCUGUUUGUGGGUUUUUCAGAACCCCAUUCUUGAUCACCCUUUCCGUUCUCAGGGUCUGGAUGAACGUGUGCAGCCCCAAAGGGCUGGAGCAGUAGCAUGGUGCAGCCGGGCAGCAGAGACUGUACCAUGAUGGGAGAAGAUUCUUCCCUGGGCAGAGUUGCCACCCCCCACCUACCGGCUGAACUGGCAGGACAUGAGGUGAUACAGCACUUCCUGGCUGAGAACAGGGACCUCAAAGAAGCCAUCCGGCAGAGUAACCACAUGCUACGGGAGCGCUACCGGGAGUUCCUGCACUUCCAGGUUUCUCACAAAGAGGAGAAGGAUUUCCUCAUGCGCAAAUUCCAGGAGGCGCGGAUUGUUGUGGAGAGCUUGCAGCUGGAACGGGAAGAACUGAGAAGGCGGCUGGAGCAGGCGAUUCAAGAGCUGGAGCCCCUGAAGAGCCAACAGGCGACUUCUCCGCCAUCAUCUUUAGAGAAAGGGACCUCUGGAGCACAGCAAGAGCCAGAUGCUGUGACCCUUACUCAAGAGGAGGCCAUACUUGCCGUGGUGCCUGAAAUGCCAGCACAGCAGAAAGAGGGCCUGGAGCAAGAUCUGAAGGCCCUCCAAGAAGCCAACGAGGCCCUGGAGAAGGAGAAGCGAGCUUUGCAAGCGGAGAUCUGCACACUGCAACAAGCAGCAAAGAGCUCCACGCCCUCAGAAGAGUCACCAGUAAAGAUUAAAGAGAACGGACUUCCUGUGGAGCGUCCCCUGGAGAUGGAGGCCCUCCAGGGUUCAGGGGAUAACAGAAGGCAUUCUGGUGGGGAGCAGGCGGAUCAGCUGAGCCAGAAGCUGAAGGAGUUGGAAGACGA